AGACGAGGAUUGCUGCUGAGGAUCUGUGUUUUUGUGGAUUCUAAGCCAAUCUCAAAAGGUAAUCUUCCAAGAUCCCCUUCUUUUUAUACCCACCUUUUUUUUUUCUUUGUUUUUCUUAUCCUUAGAUCAUAUAGUUCUUGACGAUCUCUCACUAUACAUAGGGGUAUAUAUAUAUAUAUAUAUAUAUAUAUCUAGGAUUACCCUAUUACUUGUUUAGGGUUUCUUUCUAGUUAAGAUCCAAAAGAAUUUCAUAUUGAUGGUUGUAUCCACCAAUAAAGUUAUUAUUUUUAUUCAUGGUGAAGGGUUAUAGUGUUGUUUUGGAGAAGCUAGGUUUGUCUAGGAAAAUUUGAUUAUAUGGGUGUGCUAUGAGGUGCUUUUGUUACCUUUUUUGGGAUUGAAAAUUGGUUUUUUCAACAAAACGAAAGAUACCCAUUGAGGGAAUACGGGAAAAAAUGGGAGAGGAUUUGCUCACAAGCCUAUCUAUAGAGAACCACCACCCUUCAACACUAUUGUCCAUGGAUUCAAGUGCCAUAUCUCAUGAGGAAUUGGAGCUAGAGAUGAAUCGGUCGGUUGUUCUUCCUCGACCACCUGAUAUUAAUCUCCCGUUGUCCGUGGAGCGAAGUCCUUUGCAGUCGUGGAAUACUGACGCUUUUGAUAUGUUGGAUGUUGGCCUUGGUACUCAAAUUCAUGAGUCUGAUACUUUCCUUAAUCUGCCUAAGUCGGGGAGAAAAUGUGCUAAGAGGUUGGACAGUGUGUGGGGUGCUUGGUUUUUCUUCAGUUAUUAUUUUAAGCCUGUGUUGAAUGAGAAAUCGAAGAGCAAGAUAGUGCGGGGUAGUAAUGGAGUUUCUGGAUUUGAUAAGACGGACCUGGAGCUGGAAGUGUUCUUGGUUCAGCAUGAUAUGGAGAACAUGUACAUGUGGGCGUUUAAGGAAAGGCCUGAGAAUGCAUUAGGUAAGAUGCAAUUGAGGAGCUACAUGAAUGGGCACUCUCGUCAGGGUGAGCGCCCGUUUCCAUUCAGCGUUGACAAGGGGUUUGUUCGGUCUCACAGAAUGCAGCGGAAGCAUUACAGGGGCCUUUCAAAUCCCCAGUGUGUGCAUGGUAUUGAGGUUGUUCCAUGUCCCAGCCUCAAGGGUCUUGAUGAGGAAGAACAGAAAAGGUGGAUGGAACUCACAGGGAGGGAUCUGAACUUCACAGUCCCAACUGAAGCAAGUGAAUUUUGUUCAUGGAGGAACCUUCCCAACACCGAUUUUGAGCUCGAGAGACCCCUUCCUCCAUUAAAGACAAAUUCGCAUCCCCAUCCCAAAAAAUUGCUUAAUGGUUCUAGUUUGAAUCUGUCAACUCGGUCAACACACCUUGUAAAUGGUGGUGGGAUGGAUCUCUCACCUGCUUGCAACAAGAGGAAGAAGGAUUUGUUUCUACAAGGUAAUGAUGAAGAUUGUCUCUUGCUUAUGAAUCAACAAAAUGAUAGAGUUCUAGAUACAGAAAUUCACCCGGUUGAACCACCCUGGUUAAAUGAAUUUAGCGGGGUGAUGAGGAAUGUAUAUGGACCUGUCACAGCUGCAAAAACUAUAUAUGAAGAUGACCAAGGAUACUUGAUAAUCGUCAGCUUGCCUUUUGCUGACCUUACAAGGGUAAAAGUUACUUGGUGGAAUAAUCUCACACAUGGUGUUGUGAAGAUAUCAUCUUGGAGCACGUCCUGCAUGCCCUUUAUCAAGAGAAAUGAUAGAACAUUCAAGCUCACUGAUCCAUCUCCUGAACACUGUCCUCCCGGGGAGUUUGUAAGGGAAAUCCCUCUACCCACCCGGAUCCCAGAUGACGCCAAGCUAGAAGCAUAUGGUGAUGAAACAGGAACUGGUCUUGAGAUCAUGGUGCCAAAACAUCGAGUGGGACCAGAAGAACAUGAAGUUCGUGUGUGCCUUCGCCCUCACCUUGGAGCAAAUGAGCUUUUAUUGUCUUGAAUGAGACAUUUAUUGGAAAAAUCUUUGGUCUGGAACUGCUCCUGAGCUUCGAGUUUGAAGUUCUAGGGUCAGGGGUAAGGAUCCUGCAACCUCAUUGCUCACCUACUUGAUAUCUUCUAGAUCUCAGGAUCAAGUUAGAUAAGGUACUCCCGCCGGGUUAUACUAAAUUUUGAAAAUCUUGGGUGUAUAAUGAUGUCUGGCUCUAGCAGAUGUUUUUGUUGCAAUUUUAUCGUAGUGCUUGAGUAGAAACAUGUAAUAUAUAUAUGUAGUGCAGUCAUCACAGCUGUGAGGUGCCUUAGAAUGGAACAUCCAAAUUUUACAUGUCAAAGAUGUCCUCUACGAGGUUUCCAAA